AACUGCCACCACCAUCACCCAACCAACCAACUAAACGACCAUCUCCCCUUCACCCAAAUCUCUCCAUUUCCUUGUCCGAACUCUCUCCCACAAAAGGAGAGAGACAAAACGCCAUAACCAUGUUCCAAUCUCGCUUCACAACCUUAAUCCGCAACCUAAACUCAUCAAAAUCCCGCCUUUUUUCCUCAACAAUCGAACCCACAAAACCCCAAUUCCCCCAAACCCUAGCCGGUCUCCGAGCUCGAUUAGCCACCGAAUCCCCAUCUUUAUCACAAUUCGGCGACCUACAAUCCAAUGAUUCCUACUCUGUUGAAGUGGGCACCAAGAAAAAACCCCUCCCUAAGCCUAAAUGGAUGAGAGAAGCCAUCCCGGGCGGCGAAAAAUACGUUCACAUCAAGAAAAAGCUUAGGGAAUUGAAGCUGCAUACUGUCUGUGAGGAGGCUAAAUGUCCUAACAUGGGUGAGUGUUGGUCCGGUGGCGAAACUGGAACUGCUACUGCUACAAUUAUGAUACUUGGAGAUACCUGUACUCGUGGUUGCAGGUUUUGUAAUGUGAAGACAUCGCGAACUCCUCCUCCACCUGAUCCUGAUGAGCCUGCUAAUGUUGCUGAGGCCAUUGCUUCUUGGGGUUUGGAGUAUGUUGUGAUUACUAGUGUUGAUCGUGAUGAUUUGCCUGAUCAAGGCAGUAAUCAUUUUGCUCAGACUGUUCAGAAGUUGAAGGCUUUGAAGCCUCACAUGCUUAUAGAAGCUUUGGUCCCUGAUUUUCGAGGAGAUCCUGGCUGUGUAGAAAAAGUUGCAAAGUCAGGAUUAGAUGUAUUUGCUCAUAAUAUUGAGACAGUUGAAGAGCUUCAAAGUGUUGUAAGGGAUCAUCGUGCUAAUUUUAAGCAAUCGUUGGAUGUUCUAAUGAUGGCUAAGGAUCAGGCUCCCAAAGGAACACUUACGAAGACCUCCAUAAUGUUAGGGUGUGGUGAAACUCCUGCACAGGUUGUGAAAACAAUGGAGAAGGUGAGAGCAGCAGGCGUUGAUGUAAUGACUUUUGGUCAGUACAUGAGACCGUCGAAGCGCCAUAUGCCAGUAUCUGAGUACAUUACUCCUGAAGCUUUUGAGCAAUAUAGAGAAAUUGGCAUGGAAAUGGGAUUUCGGUACGUGGCAUCUGGUCCAAUGGUGAGAUCAUCAUACAAGGCAGGUGAAUUCUACAUCAAAUCCAUGAUAGAUUCAGAUCGAGCUGCAUCUUCUUAACUCCUAUUUCUUCAUGAUUUAUUGAUUUUGUUCUUCCACAUGACAUCACAUGUCAAUACUUGUGUGUUGCUUCGCUAAUGACUACAAAGUACAAACUUGGUGGCCUUGAGCACAUUCCUCUAGUCAUUUUUUAGAAGCUAAGUUAUAAAAGGUUGAUCCUUUGGAGCCUGUAAUCUGUUCCAGUUGUAAAUUUAUUCUAUCAUAAUUCAACUUUCCUCCCCUUUAUCUAA